AUGCUUGAGGUCUUGUUGCAAGAAGGAGAUGAAGAUGCUGUUUUCAUCACCGAUUAUGAAACAGCGAUGACAGAGACAAUUCAAGAUGACCCAGAACUUGCUGCAGCCAUGAAUACAUAUGCAGAUGCUCGCCGACGAUUGAGCGAAAGGUUCAAGAACCGAGGUUUCUGGCCCGUGCAGUCAGGUAAAGGUCGUGGUAAGGUCUUCAAAGGUAAGGGAAAGAACAGUCAGCAGAAGGGAAGCCGGAAAAGCCUUCAGCAGAGGAUCAUGGAGAGCUCAUGUCGCAUUUGCGGCAGGCGUGGACACUGGAAGGCCGAGUGUCCAGACCGUCCAAGAAACACCACAAGCACCUCCGGCUCAACAGCGCCGGCUAUGACCUCUACCACAGCUGAAGCGGAUAGUGAUCUCAUGUCUUUGGAGUUUAUGCAACUGCCUGUGAUUCCUGACACUGCACUUGAUGAUGAGCCCAGUCCGCAGAAAGCCGAAGCCAUUGUGAAUCAUGUGAUUUUUCGGGGUAAAUCUUACUUAGUAAGAAAAGGGGUAAAUCAAGAUCAAGUUCAUAAGCCAGGGGAUAACAAGAACCAUGCCACAGGGGUAGUGCCGUCCAUGCCACCGAGGAGGGAUUUUCAGAACCGUGAGAGUACAUCGAAAGCCAUGACAGCCAGCUGGAAUUUUUCUAGCACCGAACUCGUAAGAGACGAGUUGGCCCUGUUUGCAACCCACGGGACUUAUGGUAUCUUAGACACAGGUGCCACCAAAUCAGUCGUGGGAAGUGACCUGGUUCCCGAUUUGCUUCGUCAGCUUCAUCCCAAGGUUCGAGAGCAAGUGAAACGUUGCCGAUGUUCAGUGACAUUUAAAUUUGGUAACCAAGGCACACUCGAGAGUGAACAUGCCAUAGUGCUACCCAUAGGUAACUUGGGCCUUAAGAUUGCCAUUGUGAAAGGCCAGACUCCCUUGUUGCUUUCCAACACCUUGCUCCGGACCUUGAAAGCCCAGAUUGACAUUGAACGCCAGCGUCUGCGCAGCCCAGUUUUGAAUCAAUCAGUGCAACUUCAGCUUAACAGCCGUGGUUUGUUUCUUGUUGAUUUGAACGAACUUGCAAUGAAGGCAUCCAAUCAGAUUUGCACAGCCGAGACCUUUUCUCAUUUUGACACCAACACCGCCGGCCCAUUCAAUGAAAAGGAAGAUCAAAAGUCAGUGGCCAAUCCACAGCAUCCUGUUGCGAAACGAUUUCCCAUGACGUUGGCCGACCGCUUUGCCAGGGUUCAGAGACAAGUUCAGGAACCCAUCCUGAGCGACGAACUGGAAGCGUUCAAGGCUCUCUCCUUCGAGGAUCAGUGCCACUCCGUUGUGACGUUUGGGAAAAGCCAUGUAGGGAAGAAAUUUCUGGAAGUUUGGCACCAGGAGCCGAGUUGGCUGCAGUGGGUGCUGAAGACAUACGAAGGGUCGACGAAGCUGGAUCACCUCAAGCUGUUCCAUUUUGUCCAGGUGAUGCUGGAACAAGAGGAGUGCGGCUUGACUCCCAAGAUCGACCCCAAGAGCAAUGCCCAGCCAAAGGCCAAGGCCAAGAGCAGCUGCCGGCUGCCCCAUCCAGAGGUCCCAGUGGAGACCCAUCUCACGACCGAGGAGGACGAAGAACCAUGGGACAUCACCAGCCACCAGCCCAUUCAGCACGAGGAGAUCGAGGCCUUGCAGACCAGGAUGCUCAAUGUAGAGAAUGCCCUGACAGAGAUUCUGUCCUUAAUGUUCAAAAGUCCUUUACUGCAAGAGUUGACCAAGUCUACGUAUGCGGCCGAGUUUGACAUGUGUCGCCUGGGAGAGCUGAAGGAUCCCAUUUCACAAAAGUUGAUUCAGAAAAGCAUGACAGUUCAGACCACUUCCCAACACAUGUAUGAGAGUCUUCAUGGCCGACACUGCAAUAGGAAUCAUGAACAUCAACGACUUGAGGGCAGUUUCAGAUUGGACAAUCAUCGAGUGCAACGUACUGCCUUUUCAGAGAAGUAUCCACGGAAAUUUGCUCGAGCCGUUGCCAAGAUUCUAGUGAAUGUUAGCACAAACACUGAGCCUCCCAAGGGAUAUCAAAGGUGGAAUCAUGUUUUGGCAGCCAGUGACAUGAAGCGCAAAGGUUCCGAAGGCGACAGCCUUGCUCGAGCUGCCAAGUAUUUGAAGCCAGCUGCAAAACUGAUUGCCCCUCAUGAGAUGACAUCCAAAAGACGCCGUUUGAAUCAGAAGGUUUCUGAACAGAGCGAGAAUCAACAAGUUUUAGAACUGAGCCAGGACAUCAUGCAACUUGUAUCCAAGGAACUUCCAAGGGUUGGCCGAAAAGAAAUCACCAAUACCACCAUCAAGAGAAAGAUUCAAGAAUUGUUUGAUGACAAGACGAUUCCGGAAGAGUCCAUGCAUGAUACUGCUGGUCCCGCACCCAACACUUCUGAUUCUGGAAAGUAUGUAGAGUUUCCACCUGGUGACAUUUGCUCUCAACAUGAAAAGAUCGAUGUCCAGAGCCAGAAACAUGGACCCCGAUUUUGUGCACUGCCACCGGAAGAGCGAAGCCUCUUGGUGCGUAUUCAUAAGAAUCUGGGUCACCCUUCCAGCCAGGUAUUGAGCCAAGCUUUGCGACAGAAGGGGUAUCCCAGAACCAUGAUUCAAGCAUUAGAGGAUUUUCGAUGUUCCACAUGCAUAUCCCAACAAAAGCCAAAGAUACCUCGACCUGCCACUUUGAAGUCUGAAACUGACUUUGCAGACAAGGUCUCGUGCGAUGGUGUGACUUGGACGAACCAACAUGGUCAAAGUUUCCACUUUUAUCACUAUCUAGAUCAUGGCACAAAUUUCCAAGUAGCAACACCUGCGCCCAGCCGAGCUGCAGAGCAAGCAAUGGAGAAAUUCACAGGAGCAUGGCUCAUGUGGGCAGGUCCACCAAAUGAGCUGAUCACCGAUGCCGGAACGGAGUUUUCCUCUGAAGUUUUUGGUCAAUUCAUGCAACAAAAUGGGAUCAAACUGACUGUGAUUCCUCCAGAUGCUCACUGGCAAAUGGGCCGAACUGAAAGACACGGGGAUAUUCUUCAAGCCAUGUUGAGUAAAUAUGAAAUGGACCAUCCAAUUAACACCUAUAAUGAUCUCCAAGUUGCGUUAGCCAUGUGUACAGCUGCCAAAAAUGCUUGCAGUCUUAGACAUGGGUUUUCCCCGGAUGUUUUGGUGUUUGGAAAGGGUUUACGAGUUCCUGCGUCUAUCACGGGCGAUGACGAUCUUCCGGCUCAUUUGACAGCUACAAGUGAUCAUGCUCAGGGCAUCAGAUUUCGUCAACACCUGGCGAUGCGGGAAACAGCCCGGAAAGCUUUCCAUGAAGCCGACAAUCAGAUGUCCUUGCGAAGAGCAAUGUUACGCCGAAGUAGACCAAAUCGGGGUGAGUACAACCCCGGGGAAUGGGUGAUGGUUUGGAAACUCAGGGAACAAAGAAGAACUUGGGUAGGAAACCUGAUGCGGGCAGCACCCGAACACGUCCGUCCAGUCAGUGCAGCAGAGGCUCAACUCAUCCCUGAGGAUGAACACCAGCCAGAAAGUGCCGAAGAGACCCCAAUGCCUGAAUUGCCUGCACAUGAGAUCCCUGUACCUGACACCGAUGAAGAAGGCGAUUCACUUUUGUGCGACUUACUGAUUUGCCAAGACAUGGAUCACAACCGUCAUCUGCAAGAUGAUCCCAAGCUGGCCUGGCGAUUUGAAGUUGAGGUGCCAGAGAGCGAUAUGAGUAAUGACAUCAGUGCUGAUCAGCUUGAAACCAUGAUAUUUCUUGCCACCAAUCAGAAGAAACAACGCACUGAGGUUAAAUUGCGCACCUUGACCGACAGCGAACGGCAAGAGUUCGACAAGGCCAAGCAAACCGAAGUAGAAAAUUGGCUGAAGACAGGGACUGUUUGCAGGAUUCUUCGAAACCGUUUGGCACCAGAGCAGAUCCUGCGAUGCCGGUGGAUUUUCACCUGGAAACCCAUCGAGGAAAAACCUGAACAAAUCAAACAAGGGAAGACCCGAAAAGCCAAGGCACGCCUGGUAGUCCUUGGGUUUCUAGAUCCUGCUUUAGAAUCCCUUCCCAGAGGCAGUCCCACCAUGAGCCGACAGUCCAGAAUGUUAAUACUACAGCUCAUAGCCUCCAUGCAAUGGGAUCUUUUCAGUUUUGAUGUCAAAGCAGCAUUUCUCCAAGGUAGUACUCAAGAGGGAAGAACCAUUGCCAUUGAACCAACACCCGAACUUCGCAAAGCAAUGAAUUUGAAAGAGAAUGAGGUGUGUCAACUUGCAAAGUCAGCUUAUGGGUUGGUAGACGCUCCUUUUCUUUGGUUUAAGGAAUUGGACCGUACUCUCAGGAAAUUGUCAUUUAUUCCUUCGCCAUUUGAUCCUACAGUGUAUCUGUUGCCUGAACCUGGUCAAAGCACACCUGCAGGAAUCAUUGGAGUCCACGUAGAUGAUGGAUUGUGCGGAGGUAACAGAUACUUCCAUGAGAAACUUGCCCAGCUUGAAGCCAUUUUUCCAUUUGGAUCCAAAAAGACAAAAUCAUUUACAUUCACAGGGAUUGACCUUCACCAAAAUGCCAACUACAAUAUCACUAUGUCCCAAGAAAAAUAUAUUUCCAAAAUUGAACCUAUUCACAUUGAUUCCACCAGAAAACAUUCCUUUGAACUCCAAGUGAAUCCAGAUGAAAAACAAGCCUUGCGAGCGUUGAUCGGUUCAUUGCAGUAUGCAGCAGUGAACACUCGCCCUGACUUGUCCAGCCGACUUAGCCAUUUGCAAAGCACCAUCAAUUCAGCGACAAUUCAGAACCUGAUCGAUGCCAACCGUGUGUUACACGAAGCCAAACGACAUAAAGACACCACAAUUACGAUACAAUCAAUACCAAUCUCCAAAUUACGUUUCCUUGCAUUUUCAGACGCAUCAUUUUCAUCAAAGAAAAAUCCCGACUCACACACGGGCAUGAUGAUCAUGACAACUCACGAGAAGAUUGCCGACAAUGUACAGAGUCCAGUGUCUCCUAUUUCUUGGGGCUGUAAGAAAAUUCAGAAGGUCGUGGUCUCAACACUGUCAGCAGAAGCAACUUCUUUGAACAGUACCUUGGAUCAGUUGUCAUGGCUGAGGUUAUAUUGGGCCUGGAUUUUGGAUACCACUACAAAAUGGAAAGAACCCAAAUCAACACUGAACGAUCUGCCACAAACAAUUACCACUGCAACUAGCCGCAACACAGAUAUCACCGUUACAGAUUGCAAAUCCCUAUUUGACCUGGUAUCUCGAACAGCCGUGCCUAACUGUCAAGAGUUUCGGACGCAGCUAUUGGCACGGUCAAUCAAGGACCUCUUAUCGGAAGGAGUUGACAUCCGAUGGGUCCACAGUGGUGCCCAGCUGGCAGACGCUCUUACGAAAGUGAUGGAAACAAGUUUUUUGAGACAGACCCUGAAAAGUGGAUACUAUAUUCUCCAUGAUGAAGACAAAAUUCUCAAAGAUCGUGCUACAGCUCGCAACAGAAUCAAGUGGCUACAGAACUCUACAAAAGAAGAAAACAAUGAUUCUUUGGGAGUGUGA